AGCCUCUCUCUGUCUCAAUUGUGUGGCCGUCACUUCCGAAACCUCAUAAAUGGCAGCAGCAGCCUCCGGUAGCGCCUCCACUGCUUGCAAAACCCACUGCCUAAUCGCCCCGCCGCUCGCAAAACCCUACUCCUCCUCCACCCAACUACCCUUCAAGUUUUACAAAUUUACCUCCCGCGCCACCGCUGCCCCUACUUCCAUCUCCUGCACUCUCACCCGGGAUUCUGCCGCUAUUCGGAUGGACGAGAAGAACGACAACGGCGCCUUCCCGGUUCUGCCUCGCCCCGAUUCGUUCGGCCGGUUCGGAAAGUAUGGCGGCAAGUACGUCCCCGAGACCUUAAUGCACGCGCUCACCGAGCUCGAGGCCGCGUUUCACGCUCUCGCUGAUGACGAAGGCUUUCAGAACGAAUUGAAUGGAAUUUUGAAGGACUAUGUUGGCAGGGAGACUCCACUCUACUUUGCGGAGCGGCUGACUGAGCACUACAAACGCCCCAAUGGCGAAGGGCCUCACGUUUACCUGAAGAGGGAAGAUCUUAACCAUACUGGGGCUCAUAAGAUCAACAAUGCCGUUGCCCAGGCAUUGCUUGCUAAGAAAUUGGGCAAGAAACGUAUUAUUGCUGAAACUGGAGCAGGACAACACGGCGUUGCCACUGCCACAGUUUGUGCUCGGUUUGGAUUGCAGUGUAUCAUCUACAUGGGUGCCCAAGAUAUGGAAAGGCAAUCCCUCAACGUUUUCAGAAUGCGGCUUCUAGGAGCUGAGGUUAGACCAGUCCAUUCUGGGACAGCCACAUUGAAGGAUGCUACUUCAGAAGCAAUAAGGGACUGGGUGACUAAUGUAGAGACAACUCACUAUAUUUUGGGCUCUGUUGCUGGUCCACAUCCAUACCCUAUGAUGGUUCGGGAUUUCCACAAGGUGAUUGGUAGAGAAACAAGAAAACAAGCGCUGGAAAAGUGGGGAGGGAAACCAGAUGUGUUGGUAGCAUGUGUUGGUGGAGGUUCAAAUGCCAUGGGACUCUUCCAUGAGUUUGUUGACGAUAAAGAUGUCCGGAUGAUUGGGGUGGAGGCUGCAGGCUUUGGAUUGGACAGUGGGAAGCAUGCUGCAACUUUGACCAAAGGGGAAGUCGGGGUCUUGCAUGGAGCUAUGAGUUACCUGUUACAGGAUGAUGAUGGACAGAUUAUUGAGCCUCAUUCUAUAAGUGCAGGCCUGGAUUACCCUGGAGUUGGUCCGGAGCAUAGUUUUCUGAAAGACAUGGGACGGGCUGAAUACUAUAGCAUUACUGAUGAAGAAGCAUUAGAAGCUUUUAAACGAUUAUCUAGACUGGAGGGGAUAAUUCCAGCUCUGGAGACUUCUCAUGCGCUGGCGUACUUAGAGAAGCUGUGCCCUACUCUCCCUGAUGGGGCCAAAGUCGUGCUUAACUGCAGUGGCAGAGGGGAUAAGGAUGUUCAAACCGCCAUCAAGCACUUGAAGCUUUAAUGCUGCUGCGAUGAAUGAGCAAACCAAAGAACCGUCUUCGUAAAAGUAAAAGGACCAUGGGCGGCCACAGUUAUAGAGAAGGCUUAGAAAAGCAGUAUGCUUUUUGGUUGGUGGAUGCCAAAGAGGCUUCCGCCAACCAAAGGAAGAACGGCCUCUUUCGGUGUUUUCUUUGAAGGGAAGUCUGCUGUUACAAAUUUCUUGAAGGACUUAAGCCAGUUUUUUAUGUAAUGUUCCAAGUUUCUUUGGUUUUGCUGUAUAAUGUAACUUGAAUAAUUUCAAUGAGAAAAUAAACAAUUCUAUUUUGAUCUGAA